GUUGCAGAAAAAAUAACCAAAGCAGGCGCUUUGAAGAAAAUAAAAACCGUAGCGCGCACAGGUAGAAAGAGAGCGGGCGCUGGAGGAUAAACAGCGCGCGGUCAGACUCAUGCGCGCUUUGCUUUCACAUUUUCACCGCUCACUUUUAGAUACUGCGCGCUACGAUUUCUGUAUACGCGUUGCAACUUAAAAGAUAGCCAAAUGACGCCAUAUUGUGGGGUUUAAUGCUCGUCUAAAUCUAAAUCAAGUACGUGUUGUGUGUGACCAGUUCGCAUUCAGAUCACAAACUGCCCUGGAGGUCGCCUGGACCGACCAAUCUGAAGACCUAGAAUAUGCACUACAAAAUCAUGUAAACUUUAAAGGAGUGAUUCCAUACAUAUUAGCAUCAUAUAAAAUCAUGUCUGUAACUUAUUAACCGCCUUGGAGCAACACUGGAGUUUGAACUUCAGUGAUCGGGUCUUUAAUGCCAGUUCUCAGCAUGGGAAUCACACCUUGUCUUCAUAUGAGGGGCAUAGGUUUGCUUUUCAGUCUUUGCCUGAUGGGCGUUGUGCCGUCCUGUGAUGGAGGGAAUAUCCUGGUGCUGCCUUUAGACGGUAGUCAUUGGAUCAACAUCCAGGUGCAGUUGGAUGAGCUGCACUCUCAUGGACACAAGCUGACCAUUAUACGCUCCAGCGGCAGCUGGUACAUCAAAGAACAAUCUCACAUGUACUCUGUGAUCAACAUCCCAUCACAGAUUAAUUUAAAAGAAUUUUUUGGUGGAUUUUUGGAAAGGCAAAUGCAGGCACAAGUAGAGGGAGGUUCUGCUCUAGUUUUCCUGACCUAUGAUUUUAUUUCCCUUUUAUUGACACUUCAUGAAAUGUGGCAUAAUGAUUUGAUUUAUCUACUUAAUAAUACAACACUUCUUAAAGAAUUAAGGGAUGCCAAAUAUGAUUUGUUACUCACAGAUCCUGGAGUGGCAACAGGGGUGAUCCUGGCCAAAUACCUGAACUUGCCAUUGGUGCUCAAUGCUCGCUGGUUCCUUGCUAUGGAUGGCCACUUUGCAUUAGCGCCAUCUCCUGUAUCUUAUAUCCCACUGACAGGAUCAGGAUUCACAGACAAAAUGGACUUUUUUCAGAGAGUUAAAAAUGUUUUUUACUACAGUGUGGCACAGGCUCAUCACUACUUAGUCACUCCAGGCUACAAUGCUAUCUGUGAGAAGUAUGUUGAGGACGGAUGUGACGUCAUCUCACUUAUCCAGGAUGCAGAUAUUUGGCUGUUCAGGUCUGAUUUUGUGUUUGAUUUUCCUCGACCCACAAUGCCUAAUGUCAUCUACAUUGGUGGGUAUUCAUGCAAGCCAUCCAAGCCUCUAUCUGCAGAGCUGGAAGACUUUAUGCAGAGUGCAGGAGAACAUGGGGUCAUUGUUAUGACUCUGGGAAGUGUUGUCAAUGCAUUGCCCAUUAAGCUGGCUGAAGAAAUAGCCAGUGUUUUUGCUAAACUGCCUCAAAAAGUGAUCUGGAGGCACAUUGGUGCACGCCCCUCUACUGUGGGCAACAACACUCUGAUUGUGGACUGGAUGCCUCAGAAGGACCUGCUGGGACACCCUCAGACCAAAGUCUUCGUGGCUCAUGGUGGGACCAACGGUGUUCAAGAGGCCAUCUACCAUGGUGUCCCGGUGCUGGGCAUCCCGUUGUUCUUUGACCAGUUUGACAACCUGCUCCGUUUGCAGGCGAGGGGAGCGGGGACAAUCAUCAGGCUCAAUGAGCUGAAUGGAGAGACAUUUGAGCAGGGCCUGAGGGAGCUGCUCCACCAGGAGCACUAUAGGGACAACAUGCAGAGACUGUCCCGUCUCCAUAGGGACCAGCCCCUGUCCCCCAUGGACCAGGCUGUGUUUUGGGUGGAGUACGUGAUACGGCAUAAAGGGGCUGCUCACCUGCGCACACAGGCCUAUAAGAUGCCCUGGUACUCCUACUACUGUGUGGAUGUGCUGCUGCUGCUACUGUCCGCUGUCAUUGGGACAGUGCUCUGUGUGGUGGCUCUGUUCAGGUUUCUGUGUUGCAGGAACAGAACCAAGAUCAAACAACAAUGACCUUAUAUUCUUGUUUGUAAAGUGCCUGUGAGUGUCUAUAAAAGCAGAGGUAAAAAUCCAGACUUCUGCAUAGUUUUUAAGUUCAUAAGGUAGUAGUGGACUCAUUCUGCUUUCAAAUUGUACUCACAGUGGACACAUGGCAUUCCUGUGGCCUAAGGGCUUAAUUUGUUCUUUUCUAAUUCAUUCCAGUUGCUGACAGCCGAGAGAACUCUAAUAUCUAAAUACCUCUUUGGAAAAGUGUUUUCUCUCAAUGUAGACAAUAUUUUAAGUUAGAAAAUGUGAAAUACCUUUCCCAAUGUGACCAAAAGAAUGUUUAAAAGGGAAUUAAAGCCACAGUAUGUAUUCUAUAAUAGGUCAAUAGUCACCAUACCCAUGAUUUUAUUUGGUAACCCACUGAGGGGGAAAUCCCAAAAAUUGUCUGGCAGUAGGAUCCAGCAGAUGUGUUGUGUUGUAAUGUUCUCUGGAGAACUAUUUCAGAUUUUGGGGUUGGU